UACUUCCUUAGUAAAACUGCUGUCUGUCAGGCUUGACGUCAUUCUCGUACUUCUCAAAAUGAAGUCUCACUCGUGCAAAGUCUGGCUCUAGUUUCGCUUCAGCACAAUGUUGUCCAAAUGUAAGGAUUUGUAAUAAUCUAGACUGGAAUCUAGUGACGACUUUAAUGACAGUGGCUUGACCGGCUCAUGUAACACAGAAAUUCUUAGUUAAUGGUUUUGUUUGCUGACAGUUAGAAAGUUUCUCUGAUUGAUCGGAGAAAGUUUUUCCGAACCCUUGACCCUGUACAUCACAGAUAUAGAUUGAGUAACAUUCAUCACCCCAAAUCCUUGUAUAAUCUUUGGGAAAACUCUUAAAGCAUCGAUGUAGAACUUUUUCCAGUCAAAAAGCAUCCAGAUAUAUUAUUUUUUAAAAGCUGAUAGCUGUUAAACCCACCUUUUUUUUGGACAUACUUUAAAGACCCAGUCGUCAAACCAGCAGAAUCCGUCUCUCAGAUACUCACGCUUGCCGAUUUUUCCUGCUUCCAACACACCGACUUACUCCUUGUAAAGAGAUCAUGAAGGUUAUUCAGUUCACCCGUUAGUGGUUUUAACCUUAUUGGUGUAUUUUAUCACCCUCCAGUUUAUUAGUGUACAUCUGCACAUUCCUGCAGUUAUCUAUUCAGUAGGGUUAUUGGUGCAUGCUGAUUUAAGUGUUUCUUGACCUGCUGAUCUCUUGGGAUUUUCACACCCAAUGUCGAUGACAUGAGAUCGAACCUGAUCGGUCUGAACUGACAGCUGAACUUACAACCGUGCUGAGGAGGUGGAUGAGCUACAACCACAGAAGAACACUUCAGCUUCCACGAGAACAGGAUCUGAGGCGAGUUUGGUUCAGCCACAGACUGAAAAAGACUGACCAGGUGAUCUUUUUUCCUUCUAAUCUUCGACGUCCUGACGCCGUCGGACUGGACCGGGACCUGACUAAAUGCUAUGAUGACGUUCGAAGAGGAGAAGAUGCAGGUGGCGUGUGAGGACCUGCGAGCUACGGAAAGAAUGUGCGAGAGUGACGGCACCGGCGUGAUCGAGACAAUCAAGAACAAGUUCAAGAAGAAUCAUACGGAGGGUCGGAGGUCAGAGAUGACCGUCAUCGAGCGUCUUCAGAGGCUCAUCAUCGUGGCUGACUGUCAGGUUUAUCUUUCUGUGCUGUCCUUCGUCAGACAGGAGCUCUCAGGAUACAUUAAAGCAGGCUGGAUCCUCCGCAAGGCCUGGAAAAUGUACAAUAAGUGCUACAACGAGAUCACCCGCUUGCAGGAAGUGUGCCAGAGGAGGAGCUCGGCACCACAGGGGGCACUUUCUUUUGAUCAAACCAGUCAGAAUCAUAAUGUCUCAAUGCAUGAUCCCGCAGCAGUCUGCUCCAGUGAACCUGAACCCAGUCCAGAUCACUGUUCACCGGCUCCAGUCUCACACGAUCCCAAUAAGCUUAACGACGACCACAAAGCUUCCUCGGGUCGGCCCAAGCACGUGCCGAAAUCUCAGCCCCGGCUCGAUUACAGCGUGACCGCAGAGUCCCUGAGUCGACUCAAGGGUUCGGUCAGCUUCGGCUACGGCCUGUUCCACCUCUGCAUCUCUAUGGUGCCUCCUCACCUGCUAAGGAUCAUUAACCUGCUGGGAUUCCCCGGCUCACGGCAGGAGGGGCUUGACGCCCUUACAUACUCUAGCGAAAGUAAGGACAUGAAGGCCCCGCUCUCUACACUGGCCCUGUUGUGGUACCACACGGUCGUGCAGCCCUUCUUUGCCCUCGACGGCUCUGAAACAGAAGCCGGACUUCAGGCUGCGAAAGCCAUACUUCGGAAGAAGGAAGCCGAAUAUCCAGACUCCUCACUCUUCAUCUUCUUUAAAGGACGAGUGCUGCGGCUCGAGUGUGAGAUCAGCAGGGCUUUAAUAUGCUUUAACAUUGCCUUGGAGCUGUCUUCAGAACAAAGGGAAAUCCAGCACAUCUGUCUCUACGAGAUCGGUUGGUGCAGUAUGAUCGAACUGAGUUUCUCUGAAGCGUACAAAGCGUUCGACCGUCUGAGGACGGAGUCACGCUGGUCCCAGUGCUACUACUCCUAUCUCACUGGAGUGUGUCAGGGAGCCGCGGGAGAUCUGGACGGAGCUUGUAGCGUACUGAAAGAUGUGGCUCGGCUUUUAAAGAGGAAACACAAUCAGAUUGAGCAGUUUUCCAUGAGGAAGGCUGAGGAUUUGAUUAAGCCCAGGCCUACAAAAGAGCGAUGUACAAUGGCUUCCAUCGAGGUUCUGUACCUUUGGAAAGCUCUUGCUAACUGCUCCAGUGCCAAGCUGCAGCUCAUGAUCGAAGUUCUUCAGCAGAUGGGAGGUUCGUCGUAUUGUGGACUGAAACAGCUCCUGCUGGGGGCCGUGCACAAAAGCCUGGGAGACAACGCAAACGCGAUACAGUGUUUUCAGAUGGCUUUUAACGACGAAGAAGGGCGGGUCAGUAACUCGUACGUGCAGCCGUAUUCGCUCUAUGAGCUGGGAUGUGUACUCGUGGAAAAUCCUGAGACUACAGCCAAAGGAAGAGCUCUGCUUCUUCAAGCCAAGGAGGACUUCUCAGCGUACGAUUUUGAGAACAGGCUCCACGUGCGAAUCCACUCGGCUUUAGCUUCGCUCGCGGCGACGUCUCCACACUAACGCGUUCCUCUAAAGGAAACCUCCCUUCUCAGACCAACAGGAACGAGGAAGAAAGUCAGGAGCGCAGACUCGGACUAGUACCAUUCAUCAUGGACUGGUCAUGGGUUUUGUUUUGUUUUGUUUUUUUCCCUUCCUAAGCGCACCUUAUAUUUUUAUUUUCGAUGAGAAACAGGAAACGGCCAGUUUCGCUUUGUGAAAUAUUCCAUCAGGAAGAUAAGUUACAGCUGAGUUACAUUUUGGAGUUCGUCUCAAAGCACACGAUUUAUGACUUUUGGUAAUGAGGUAUGUUUACACUAGUGCCUGUGAAAUUCUCAAAAGCAGUACUAAUUUAGUUCAGGCAGUUUAUAAAUAUAGGUUUGAAAUGAAUGUGAAUCGUUUUGUUUUUUUUUGGCUCUCUUGUGGUAUAGUGGUCAGUAAUGUGAUGCCUGGUCACGCAUGUGAGUUUAAAGCUUUGCACAUCACAAAAAAAGUUGCCAAAUCAUAACCGAUUGCACCUCGUAAAACGUGGGUUGUAUAAAAAUUCUAAUUCACUCAUGCAGCUAGUAACCAGGGCAGCUAAAUAGUUUUGUUUUGUUUUUGUUUUCAUACCAAAGCCUAAAAAGUAAAGUGUCUUCUUUGAGAUCUUGAUAUUAUUUGAUCGACCGUCCCGAAAAUCCUGAAAUAUUUCUUCUUCUACCAACAAAUUCGAAAGGUGACCUUUAGUUUUCUGGUACGUCGUAAGUUCGUAUCGUCGGUAUAGGAAGCUUUAAGGUCAUUUCUUGGUAAAAAUGAGCAGGUUACUAGACGAGCACUUAGUUACUCAGAUUGUAAUUAUACUGAAAAUUUUUACCGUGAUUUGGAUAUGAUUUGUGUUGAAUAUUUAAUUGUGCAGUAAAUAAAGUCGGAUGUGUUUAAACACUGUAUCUAAGUAACCAUACAGUUCUAUGGUUACAAACAUGGCGACUGUAACAAGCAGGUUAUUACAUAACAAAUACAUUUUUACAGGUUUUUUUUUUUUUUUUUUUAGAAAUAAUGUUUAUUUUUACACUUCCAAAGAAUUCUCUGUGCCAUGUCCUUAUUCUACCUAUCGUACAAAGCGGAGUACCGGACUGUUACCCAGUUAUUGUACUGUUCAGUGGUGUAAUAUUCUAAAUGGUUUGUUUUGUGUUCUGAGCGAACAGGAAAAAAAGAUUCAUGUUAACUGGAUAAAAUGGUGAACUGCAGUAUUAGGACUAGAAAGUGCACAGUUACAGUAUAUUCUGUACACAUGAAUAGAUUCAACCCGGUGGAUGCAGCUAUAAAAUUAGUUUUUGGUUUCGUCAUGCUCUGCAGAAACACGUACUUUAUUAUAUCAGUCAGUGCUGUUCUUGACUUCCUGUUUGAGGGAAAAAUAAACAAUUUACGUGUUGAGGAAA